UUUUUAAUAAAAAAAAUCUAUCCAGUUGCUGCUAGUGCCAAUCUGGAAUGGCACUGUAAAUUCCUGGUAAGAUUUUUGCUUCUACUUAUAUCAGUGAAUUGAGUGUUUCAUUCCAUAAAUGACAGAUUAUUUAUAGUUUUAUAACAAUAUUAGUGAAGCCAUGCGGUGUUUUUGAGUUUUGUGGUGUGGAUUGAUAUGGAGAUGAUAACCAUGACUAAUGGACAACUAGGCUUUUCUUCUUUAGAAAUUUGUAGUUUAAGUGGUUUUAAACCGUAUUCUUCAUCUGGGUUUUUGAGUUCUUGGAGACCCUUUAGUGUUGCUCCAUUGAGUGAGAAAAAGAUGACAACUUUUGGUUUAGGUUUAAGAGUUAAGGCUGUUUCUGAUGGGGAUUCGGAUAACGGGUUAGUGGGCGGCGGGGUUCUAGGAAAAGAGUUUGAGUUUAAGCCUUCUUUUGAUGACUAUUUGAAAGCUAUGGAGUCUGUUAAAUCUGUUAGGGAGAAGAAGCAAACGCGUAAAUUAAGUGAGCGUAACUCGAAGGAUGAAUUAGAGGAAGGUAAUAGUACAUCAAUGGUGAGAAUUGCGAGGGAUAGAGGUGAGUUGGGAGACAAUGUGGAUGGUGGAAUAGGCCGAAAAGAUGUGGUUGGCUACAAAGAAAGGGGAGCUAAAGAAUCGAAUGUCAAGUUUAGGGGUAAAGAAAGUAAUGCAUAUAGAAAUGGAAAGAGGGAUGUGAAAGGACCGACAAGAGACCGGGAGCAAUUGGAAAAACGGUCUAGAAGGACAAAUUCUGGGUCGGAGGACCGACAUGAAGGUCACUUUAAGAGGAACCACAAUGCACAAGUGAGAGCUGUAGUAGUUGAUGAUGUUAGAAGGAGUGGAAGUACCAUUGGCAUACCAGAGAUAUGGCGAAGGAAGGGAGAGGAAGAUGGUGUUAGUUCGAAUAAAGUGGGAGGCAAACUUGUGCGGAAUCAUACCCAAAUUGAUAAAAAGACCAAUGGGGAAUUUGAAGAGAAAAAAGGGUUAAGAAGAAGAACUGAUGAGUCUUUCCUGGGAGAUGACAAGGAUUUGGAAGUGGAAAGAGCUGCCUUCAAAAGUUUGGAGGAAUAUAAUGAUGCUAAUGUCAGGCCACGAACUUCAAAAAGAGACGUGGAGGAGAGACUCCAGCAGUUAGCAAACUGUCUAAAUGGUGCAGAUAUCAAUAUGCCUGAGUGGAUGUUCUCUAAGAUGAUGCGCAGUGCAAAAAUCAAAUAUACAGAUCAUUCUAUCGUAAGACUUAUCCAGAUACUAGGCAAUCUGGGAAACUGGAGGCGAGUGCUACAAGUCGUUGAGUGGCUUCAAAUGCGUGAACGCUUUAAACCUCUUAGGCUCAGAUACAUAUAUACAACUGCGCUAAAUGUACUUGGAAAGGCGCAGAGGCCUGUGGAAGCACUGAAUCUGUUUUAUGUGAUGCAGCAACAAAUGUCUUCAUAUCCUGACUCGGUAGCUUAUCAUUGCAUCGCUGUUGCUCUUGGGCAAGCAGGACAUUUAGAGCAGCUUUUCGAUGUGAUUGAUAGCAUGCGAUCUCCUCCGAAGAAGAAAUUUAAAACUGCUCUGAUUGAGAAGUGGGACCCAAGGCUGGAACCAAAUAUUGUUGUGUAUAAUGCGGUUCUAAAUGCUUGUGUUCAGAAGAAACAGUGGGAAGGUGCUUUUUGGGUUCUACAGCAGCUAAAGCAACAGGGAUUACAGCCUUCUACUGCGACAUAUGGAUUAAUUAUGGAGGUCAUGUUUGCAUGUGGCAAGUACAACUUGGUUCAUGAGUUUUUUAGGAAAGUUCAGAAAUCUUCCAGUCCAAAUGCUCUAGUGUACAAAGUUCUUGUGAAUACUCUUUGGAAAGAAGGAAAAACCGAUGAGGCUGUAUUGGCUGUUGAAGACAUGGAACGGCGAGGUAUUGUGGGUUUCGCUGCCCUUUAUUAUGAUCUUGCUCGUUGUCUUUGUAGUGCUGGAAGGUGCGAAGAGGCUUUACUGCAGAUUAAGAAAAUAUGUAAAGUUGCUAAUAAGCCUCUGGUGGUAACUUACACUGGCUUGAUUCAAGCUUGCCUGGACAAUGGAAACAUUAAAAACGCCGAGUACAUCUUCCACCAGAUGAAGCACUUUUGCUCCCCAAAUCUUAUUACUUGCAAUAUAAUGCUGAAAGCCUAUCUUGACCACGGACUGUUUGAAGAUGCAAAGGAGCUUUUCCACAAGCUGACAGGAGAUAGCAAUCAUAUCACGUGUGAACAAGAUUACAAGGCUAGGAUAAUGCCAGAUAUCUACACGUUCAACACCAUGCUCGACGGAUGCAUUGCUGAGAAAAGAUGGGAUGAUUUUGGAUAUGUCUAUAGAAAGAUGUUGAACCAUAGAUUCCACUUCAAUGGAAAACGUCAUCUUCGUAUGAUACUAGAUGCAUCAAGAGCUGGAAAGGUAGAGCCCUUGGAGAUGACUUGGAAGCACUUGGCUCAGACAGAUCGAAUUCCGCCCCCAAAUCUUAUCAAAGAAAGAUUUCGAAUACUACUUGAGGAAGAUGACUAUAAGUCUGCUCUUGCCUGUAUUACAACCAAUCCGAUGGAGGAGUCACCAGCAUAUCACAAGGUAGCUUGGUUGAAUUUGUUCAAAGAAAAUGCAGAACGGAUUAGAACCGAUACUCUCGUUCAGCUAAAGCAUGAGGUGGCCAUGCUUAUCGCCAGAACAAAUCCACCAAACCCUGUAUUGCAAAAUCUAUUAACGUCUUGUAAUGAUUUUCUUAACACUCGUGUAAAAGUUACCGAAAGCAAUAUGACAGAAAUUGUCUAUACGGCUCAAUCUCAAACGGCUUCAAAGUCGUGACGAGUUUAAUGUUUAUCUUAUGAAAAUAUCAGAUCAUUCCAA